AUGUCCGACGCAGAGCUGGACCGAGAGUACAAGCCUAGUGGCAGACCGACAUCAACAAUGGCUAAAUCCUUCUCCCUCGCCCUCAACGACCUCUUCAAGAUAGACAACAGCCUCGCAGACCUGGACGCUGCCGUCUCAGAAAAAAAGAAAGCCGUGUCGACCCAAGCAUCCGAACUCGAAGCCCUCGAAGCCCGCAUCAAAGCCACCGAAGAACGCCUCAGGCAAGCUGCGACCGCCGGGCCCCAGCUCUCCGGGCGGGCGAACCCGCGCCAGCGCGCACCGUUGGCCGACACAUUCGCGCAGAAGGGAUACCCGACAAGCCCACUCUCCGCGGAAUUCAGACAGGAGAAGGGCUACCCAGUGGGAGGAGAUCUGCCGCCCACCCCUGGCGCUAGCGAAGGUGAAUCCGACUCCGAGUAUGUCCUUGUUGAGGGACGGCAGAGAGCAAGCGCUGACAAGAGGGAAGAUGGGGAUGUUCCGCGACAGAAGUAG